GAGUUGUGCGGACUUACGUUGUCGAGCCUGUUUCUCCUGUCAUUUUUUACCUUGCAAACCACCACACUCGAUCACACGGCAACUCCUGCUCGUAGGACUCGCGCACUACUGCUCAUCCCCAACCGCGCAACCGGCCCGCAGAAAAGUACUAAAAUAUAUUCGUAAAAUAACUAAAAUUAAUAGCCAUACAUAUUAUCAAUUUUAGAUAUUAUUUUCAAAUUACUUACGCGUAUAAUGUAAAAAACUGUAUUAUAUUAACUUUUUCACUGCGGUAUCGCUAUGAGCAGACGCUACUUUUCUUUCUGCUACCCGACGGCUGCAGUCGGUCGUAUGGCCCGCUUCAAAACGAAGCGACGAAGCGACGAAGCGUACCUGAAAUCGCGCAAAUGCUUUUAAUUCCUGACGAGACACAGGCAAUCGGAUAACCAUGACGUCGUUUCGAGACUCAUUCUGGGGACCAACAGGGUUCGAGGAGCUUCGGCGUCUGCUUAAGCAGGGGGCGGACUUUUCCAAGGAGGUUGCUGGGGUACUACAAGAACGGUCUGAGUUAGAGGCGUCCCACGCCAAGGGCCUGGCCAAGCUCUCCCAGCGACUGUCCAGAGCAGCUAGGGAUGCCAUAGGAAGUACAGCUGGAGCAUGGCAGGAAGUGGCCACUCAACUCGACAAAGAAGCGCAGCUACACAGGGCGCUGUCCCGGGGCCUGUCCGAGGCGGUGGCCUGCCCCCUGCGCAGCUCGUGGGAGGCCCAGAGCAGUCGGCGCAAGGCCCUCGAGUCCGGGGUGGAGCGGCGGCUGCGGCAGCUGCGGGAGCACCGAGCGGCGCAGGAGCGGGCCAAGCGGUGUGCCCAUGCCUGCGCCCGGCACAACGAGCAGGCCCAGGACCUGGCACUGGACCCCAAGGGGUCCAGUAGGGGGCGCCUGCUUACCGACAGGGAUCUCGCCAAGCUGGAAAGCAAACGACGCAAGGCGGAGGCAGCCCUGACCAAGGCGGAGGCAGACUACUACGGGGCGUGCGUGGCGGCAGAGCAUGCGCGGCAGGAAUGGGAAACUCUGCUCUACCAGACCGGUGGAUGGCUGCAGGCCCUGGAGGAAGAGCGCCUAGAGGCACUCGGAGCAGCGCUCAAGCGAUACGCGCAGGAGAUCGCCACCUUGGGUCCCCAGGCAACGCAGUGUGCCGAGCGUGUUCAAGAGCAAGCGGCGUGCGUGGAUGUUGGGGAGGACAUUCUCGAAGCCGUGCGCCUUCGAGGUACGGCACCCAACGUGCCUGAGCAGUUGUUGCCCGACUUCUAUGCGGAGGACCUGGCGAGCCCGAUGAAGCCCCAGCGUCGGCGUGAGGCCCUGGAGCGCUUGCUGGAGCUGCUCCAGAAGGAUCUGGACACGGAGCGGAGGGGCAAGCAGGGGGUCGAGUCCCUCGCUCAGGCCUUCCGGGAGGCGCCCCGCUUCGGAGACGAGGAUGCGCAGCUGCGUGUCGAGGAGAAGCUCCAGCAGCUCCGCCAGAGCCUGGCGUUUCUGGAGGCGAGUCGGCACAAGGUGCAGUGCGUGCUGGCGGGCCUGGAGGGACGUCCCAGGCCCCCCCACCCCCUGGCUACGCACCUGGAGCAACGUAGAGACAGGCAGGGCCUGUCCCAGACGGUGCUCAAGGUCCCCCCGUGGCUCCAGAGGAGGCCCUCCAGCUGCUCGUGUGCGGGCAGCGAGGAGGAAGUCAGGGACGCCUGGGACCGUGGCUCGGCCGACGGGCACGCGGCCCCCACAGACCCUCCCAGUGAGGCCUCCUCGGUUCAGGGGGACAAUGUGAGCACGGAGGGGCUGUACGCCAACAGCCUGCCCUCCCGUUGCCAAGCCCUGUACGACUACCGGGCCAGCAUGGAGGACGAGCUCAGCCUGCGCUCAGGUGACGUGGUGACGGUGCACGGCCGAGCGGAGGAGGGCUGGUGGCACGGGGAACUCAACGGCAGCUAUGGGCUUUUCCCCGCGAGCUACGUCCAGGAGCUCGAACCUGGUCUCCCACCCGGCUAGCCCCGGUUGCGGAGAGGAGGGGGGCCCCGGGGCUAGCCAGCAGAGGUCUCUUUAGUAUAGUCACCGCCAACAAAUAAAAACAAUAUUUUCUCAUUUUGUA